UUGUUCAUAUACGUCACUUCUGGUUUAUCUAUCUAUCUAUCUAUCUAUCUAUCUAUCUAUCUAUCUAUCUAUCUAUCUAUCUAUCUAUGUCUGUUCAUUAUCUAUCUAUCUAUCUAUCUAUCUAUCUAUCUAUCUAUCUAUCUAUCUAUGUCUGUUCAUUAUCUAUCUAUCUAUCUAUCUAUCUAUCUAUCUAUCUAUCUAUCUAUGUCUGUUCAUUAUCUAUCUAUCUAUCUAUCUAUCUAUCUAUCUUAUUUAAUCCGUUCCUUCUUCCUUCUGUCAUUCCAUCCUUCCUUUCUUUGCUUUCCUUUCUUUCGUUCUCCCUUUUAUUACUGCAUAUUAAUCCUUUCGCUUGAACAAUCUUUCUUUGCUUAUCUAUCUAUCUAUCUAUCUAUCUAUCUAUCUAUCUAUCUAUCUAUCUAUCUAUCUAUCUAUCCCACAUUGUUCAUACAUGUCAUUUCUGGUUCAUUUAUCUAUCUAUCUAUCUAUCUAUCUAUCUAUCUAUCUAUCUAUCUAUCUAUCUAUCUAUCUAUCUAUCCCACAUUGUUCAUAUACGUCACUUCUGGUUCAUCUAUCUAUCUAUCUAUCUAUCUAUCUAUCUAUCUAUCUAUCUAUCUAUCUAUCUAUCUAUCCCACAUUGUUCAUAUACGUCACUUCUGGUUUAUCUAUCUAUCUAUCUAUCUAUCUAUCUAUCUAUCUAUCUAUCCCACAUUGUUCAUAUACGUCACUUCUGGUUUAUCUAUCUAUCUAUCUAUCUAUCUAUCUAUCUAUCUAUCUAUCUAUCUAUCCCACAUUGUUCAUAUACUUCUGUUCAUUCUUCUGGUUCAUCUCUAUCUAUCUAUCUAUCUAUCUAUCUAUCUAUCUAUCUAUCCCACAUUGUUCAUAUACGUCACUUCUGGUUUAUCUAUCUAUCUAUCUAUCUAUCUAUCUAUCUAUCUAUCUAUCCCACAUUGUUCAUAUACGUCACUUCUGGUUUAUCUAUCAUUCAUCUAUAUCUAUCUAUCAUCUAUCUAUCUAUCUAUCCCACAUUGUUCAUAUACGUCACUUCUGGUUUAUCUAUCUAUCUAUCUAUCUAUCUAUCUAUCUAUCUAUCUAUCUAUCCCACAUUGUUCAUAUACGUCACUUCUGGUUUAUCUAUCUAUCUAUCUAUCUAUCUAUCUAUCUAUCUAUCUAUCUAUCUAUCUAUCCCACAUUGUUCAUAUACGUCACUUCUGGUUUAUCUAUUCAUCUAUCUAUCUAUCAUCUAUCUAUCUAUCUAUCUAUCUAUCUAUCUAUCUAUCCCACAUUGUUCAUAUACGUCACUACUGGUUUAUCUAUCUAUCUAUCUAUCUAUCUAUCUAUCUAUCUAUCUAUCUAUCUAUCUAUCCCACAUUGUUCAUAUACGUCACUACUGGUUUAUCUAUCUAUCUAUCUAUCUAUCUAUCUAUCUAUCUAUCUAUCUAUCUAUCCCACAUUGUUCAUAUACGUCACUACUGGUUUAUCUAUCUAUCUAUCUAUCUAUCUAUCUAUCUAUCUAUCUAUCUAUCAUCUAUCUAUCUAUCCCACAUUUCCUUUUUUUCCUCCUCCUCCUCCUUCUUCUUCUUCUUUUUCUUCUUCUUUUUCUUCUUCUUUUUCUUCUUUUUCCUCUUCUUCUUCUUCUCGAACUACAAUUUGAAAGAUAUACAUAAGUGUAAUAAAUGCUAA